CUGCUUCGUGAAACAGGCCCCACAGCUCAGACUAGUUUCAGGAAGGAGGAAGUGAAAGUCACACAGUCGCUGGUAGUGAGAGGAGGAAUGGCUCAGAAAGGAGUUCAGCUGGACCGAGAAACCUUCUCUUGUUGCAUCUGUCUGGAUCUCCUGAAGGAUCCGGUCACUACUUCCUGUGGACACAGCUACUGUAUGAAGUGUAUUAAAGCCCACUGGGAUGGAGAGGACCAGAAGAGAAUCUACAGCUGCCCUCAGUGCAGGAAGACUUUCACAGCGAGGCCUGACCUGGAGAAAAACACCAUGUUAGCAGCUUUAGUGGAGCAGCUGAAGAAGACUGGACUCCAAGCUGCUGCUGCUGAUCACUGCUAUGCUGGACCUGAAGAUGUGGCCUGUGAUGACUGUUCUGGUAGAAAACUGAAAGCCUUCAAGUCCUGUUUGUUCUGUUUGGCUUCUUUCUGUGAGAAUCACCUUCAGCCUCACUAUGAGUCUCCAACUUUUAAGAAACACCAGCUGGUGGAGCCCUCCAAGAACCUCCAGGAGAACAUCUGCUCUCGUCAUGAUGAGGUGAAGAAGAUGUUCUGUCGUACUGAUCAGCAGUCUAUCUGUUAUCUCUGCUCUGUGGACCAACAUAAAGGCCACGACACGGUCUCAGCUGCAGCAGAAAGGACUGAGAGGCAGAAGAAGCUGGAGGUGAGUCGACUGAACAUCCAGCAGAGAAUCCAGGACAGACGGAAAGAUGUGAAGCUGCUUCAACAGGAGCUGAAGGACAUCAAGGUCUCUGCUGAUAAAACAGUGGAGGACAGUGAGGAGAUGUUCACCCAGAUGAUCCAUCUGAUCCAGAACAGAAGCUCUGAGGUGGAGCAGCAGAUCAGAUCCCAGCAGAAGACCCAAGAGAGUCGAGUCAAAGAGCUCAAGGAGAAGCUGCAGCAGGAGAUCAGGGAUCUGGAGAGGAAAGAGGCUGAGCUGAAGCAGCUCUCAGAUACACCAGAUCACAGCCAGUUUCUCCACAACUACCCCUCAGUGUCAGCACUCAGUGAGUCCACACACUCAUCCAGCAUCAGCAUCCGUCCUCUGAGACACUUUGAGGACGUGACAGCAGCUGUGAAAGAGCUCAGAGGUAAAGUAGAGGACGUUCUGAAGGACACCUGGACAAACAUCUCACUGACACUCACUCAGCCAGACGUUUUACUGUCAGAACCAGAACCAGGACCAGAACCAAAGACCAGAGCUGGAUUCAUGAGAUAUUCACGUCAAAUCACUCUGGAUCCAAACACAGCAAACAGAAAACUGUUAUUAUCUGAAGGGAACAGAAAAGUAACAUUUAUGGGUCAACAACAGUCUUAUCCUGAUCAUCCAGACAGAUUCACUGAUUAUUAUCAGGUUCUGAGUAGAGAGAGUCUGACUGGACGUUGUUACUGGGAGGUGGAGUGGAGAGGAGGACUAGAAGGACUAGGAGGACUAGGAGGAGUUUUUGUAUCAGUUUCAUACAAGAACAUCAGCAGAGCAGGAAGUGGGGCUGAAUGUUUAUUUGGACAUAAUAACAAAUCUUGGGCAUUAGAUUGUUACCAAAACAGUUAUAAUUUUUGGUACAACAACACUAGAACUCCCAUCUCAGGUCCUAAGGAACAGCUGAGGUGAUGGAAAACUCAGCUUUCUAUUCCAAUGUGCUUCAUGUUUCUUUGACAGAGAUCUAUGUACAGACUAUGUUGUAUUUGUGUUUUCUGGGGAAAUCUGAUCAUUUUAUUCAUCUCACAUGGUGAUGUGUCAUUUUGUUGCUUUUGUUUCCAGACUGUCCACAAACUUGUGAUUGGGCUUCAUGUUAAUCUGCUAAUAAACACAAUAAAUGAGCAGAAGCUGGAUUCUACCGUUUCUGCUGAUAUCAUC